AUGCAGAUGCAGGAUAAAACAACCUGCCUGGACACAGUAUCUGUCAGCACAGGACUUAAAAUCAGUAAAAAGAAAACAGAACUCAUGAAGAUCAACACCACAAAUAGUACACCAGUCAUCAUUGGAGGGGAAGAGGUGAAGGAGACGGAAGCCUUUGUGUACUUGGGUAGUGUGGUCGACCGACAAGGGGGCACGGAUAGAGAUGUAACAGCAAGGAUUGGGAAGGCAAGGGCAGCGUUCAUCAUGCUAAGGAAGGUCUGGGCCUCUAGAGGGAUUCGCAGAGCCACUAAACUUCGCAUCUUCAACUCCAACGUCAAAUCAGUCCUCCUCUAUGGAUCAGAAACAUGGCGAACAACAAGAGCCACACAGCACAGGUUACAGAUCUUCAUCAACACCUGUCUCAGAAGAAUCUUUAAGAUCAGGUGGUGGGACAGAGUCAGCAACCAGGAGCUGUGGGACAGAGCAGGUCAGAAACCCAUCAGAGAACAGAUUUUAAAGAGGAAAUGGUCCUGGAUAGGACACACGCUGAGGAAGGCCAACUCUAGUAUCACUCAGCAGGCCCUGACCUGGAAUCCGCAGGGGAAGAGAAGGAGGGGUAGACCUAAGAACAGCUGGAGAAGGGACACGGAGGAGGAGAUGAGGAGUAUCAGCACCAGCUGGCAGGACCUGAGAAAGAAGGCCCAGAGACGAGUGCAGUGGAAGAACAUCAUCGGUGGCCUAUGCCCUGGCAGGGGCGAAGGGCCUAAGUAA